AUGGCUGCUGUCGUUGUGUCUACACCUGUGAAGAGCCACACUGGUAUCUUUUCAUCGAAAACAGCCGGAGGCCGCAUACCUUUGACCCCAUCUCCCCGGCAGAGAACGACGAGCGUCACCACAACAAGCGAUUCUUCUCCUUGCACACCACCUGAGAUACCGAAAUCGUUGUAUGGUGGAAAUCUCGCAUCACAUUUUGCCAGAUCUAUCUCUAGAACCUAUCGAGACUCCCCCAAGUCAAACAUUGCCAAGGGAAGAAAUUCGCCCCGUCCGCUUGAACUCGGAGUUUCACAAUGGACAUUAACGGGGACCGGCCACUCAACCCAAACCCCGGUCAAGAAGCGUGCGAAGAAAGGAGCCAACCUACGUUCCAGAACAGCCAAGACAACCAUCCACCUACCUCAUAAUGCUGUUGAUCGAUUCAUUCCCAAUCGCUCAGCGAGUGAAGGACUUGUCACGGCCGGAACUGCGAAAGCAGAUGAGCAGCGCCCAAGCACUGGUGACGGUUCUACCGUUCUUGCCAAUGCCGCGAGUGCCUUUAGUAUGGGAAGCCAUGAGGAUGACCUUGCUGAUGCCCUGCAGAGCCUUGAUCUAGAGGACAAUGAGAGCAGCAAGUACGCAAGGCCAGCUCCCGAUUCAGUUGCGUACAAAUCCUCUCUUGCCUCAGCUUGCGACAUUCCCUUGAACACCCGAAUCCUUGCAUUCAAGCCCCCAGCGCCCGAAUCUUCGAAACCUAUUGACCUGAGAUCCCAAUACAAUCGUCCGCUCAAACCUGCAAGCGCACAGUCGGCUCAAUUUCGGCGAAGAGUUCAAACAGCGCCCGAACGGGUCUUAGAUGCGCCAGGCCUCGUGGACGACUACUACCUCAACUUAUUGGAUUGGAGCUCAGGUAACCAAGUUGCGAUUGGCCUUGAGCGAAACGUAUAUGUUUGGUCUGCGGACAGUGGCUCCGUAGACUGCUUGUUGGAAUCAUCUCCAGAUACGUAUAUCAGCAGUGUGAAAUGGAGCAACGAUGGGGCAUAUGUUGGCGUCGGCCUGGGCACCGGUGAGGUCCAGAUUUGGGACGUAGAAGAGGGUACCAAGCUGCGAAGUAUGUUUGGGCACGAAACGCGGGUUGGCGUGAUGGGAUGGUCGAAGCAUACCUUAUCAACUGGUGCACGCAGUGGUCUCGUUUUCAAUCAUGAUGUUCGCAUUGCUCAGCAUAAAACAGCCGAACUUGUUUCUCACACAUCAGAAGUCUGUGGCCUUGAGUGGAGAUCGGAUGGCGCCCAGUUGGCUACGGGCGGAAACGACAAUCUUGUGUCCAUCUGGGACUCGCGCUCUCUGAGCGCGCCCAAGUUUACUAAGACAAACCAUCGCGCAGCCGUCAAAGCCUUGAGCUGGUGCCCGUGGCAAUUGAACCUCCUCGCCACUGGCGGAGGUUCGUAUGAUAGACACAUCCAUUUCUGGAAUACCACGACUGGAGCAAGGACCAACAGCAUUGACACGGGCUCCCAGGUUACGAGCCUUAGAUGGAGCAACCACUACCGUGAGCUGGUUAGUUCCAGCGGCUUCCCUGACAAUUCUUUGAGCAUUUGGAGCUAUCCCUCCUUGGUCCGCAAUGUGGAAAUCCCCGCACACGAGACCCGCGUGCUUCACAGCUGUCUGAGCCCCGAUGGGCAGAUGCUGGCAACUGCUGCUGCCGAUGAGAGUCUUAAAUUUUGGAAGAUCUUUGAACGAAAACCCGGCACAGCCGCUUCUAGCUCUCGAGAGGGAGGUGUCGGUAGUAAAGGGGGCCAGAGGGCCAAGCAGAUGACAAUUCGGUAA